ACGUCGGCGAAGAGAAAGAGAAAGCGCGCGCAGGACGACGACUACGACGACGGAGGAGGAGGAGGAGGAGAAGGAGCUGGUGGUGGCGGAGCGGAGACGAGACCCGCGCGCGCAGCAAGGGGCGCGCGAGGCACCGAGACGGUGGCGCCCUCUGAGCGGUGCGCCACCGAAGAUAAGAUUAGUCAGCCGCCAGCCGUCCGAGAACGACGUACGCUUCGCGCGCGCGUCCCCGUCAGACUCCAUUCAGUGCGUGCGCGCGCGCGCACCACACGAAAACAGGUGGUCGCGUUAAAUCGACGAUCGUCCGCGAUUAUACGAGAGCCAGUGGUAGUGUCGCGCGCGAUCACAGCCGCCGAACUGCACUCACCGCACUCGUCUGCCCACCCGCGUUCCUCGUGUCGUUCCAGCCGUGGCACCAUCACAUUCCAGCGGCAGCCGCGGCCACGAGAGGAGAAUUCCGCGAGAGAAACUUUGACCGAGGAUAUGAUAUUAUUUCGUCUCGCGACGGCAUUUCGGUGACCGUUUUGUAGGAAAGUUUUUGCGGUUUCUCUCUCUGUCUCGCUACCUGCGCCGGCGACGUCGCGACAAGUUUGAACAAGUUUCGACAAGUCGGUGUCACCUUUCCUGUUGGAAUGACGACGUUAUAGUUCGAUGCGUCAGCCGUAGUCCUGUGGCAGUCUGGCAAACUGUGAGUGUUUGUCUUUGUGUCUGGCAAACUGUGAGUGACAUCCGAAAAAGACGGAGAUACGCAGCGGGACGUCGCACAUACUUGCGUGGCGUAGCGAAAAGAGCCGAGGAAACGUCCAGAGAUCGGAAAAGUGUCUCUUGUUUCUGUCGGCCACGACGCCAUAUUGAGAGGCGGUCGCCCCGAAAUCGCGGGAGUUCGCCACUUCGGCCGGUGUCUCCGGCUCGCCUGGUGGCGGCAGCGGGGGCGGCUUUCGGAGAGAGAGUCGCGCCGGCGGAGUCAGAACGCCGGAUGUGAGAACGAGAUGAGAUAGCGGGAACGAUGAGAAGGAGAACGCCCGACGACCUGCUCGCGUCUUGUCGCGAACGAAGGGAAAGCCGCCGCGCCCCGGCGUCGCCGCGGUGAUACAUCGCGCAGUCAGGACGUGCACAUCGCGCGGCUCAGGAGACGCCACCGGACGCGACACGAGCGUCGCCUGAGUUCUUUCUUUCGUGCCGUGUUACGUUCGCCCGGACAGUGUGUUUACAGUGUAUUGUCUCGUGACUCUCUCGUCGCCCGGCUCGAGAUUAUUUCGUCAUUCGGUCACGUUGCGUCCACUGUCGGGAUUAUUUCGGACCGUCUUUUACCGUUCGCCGUCCGUGUCGUGUUGGAUUACCCACGUGCGACCUCCCUGUGCGACCUGAAGACAGUGUUGGCAUAGUGAACUGUGAGAGGGUUUGAUCGCGCGCAAGUUGCGCCGAGGUCUCUCGUGUGAGGAUAUAUCAGUGUGAGGUGAUUUCGCCGCGGAUGUGCCCGAUCUGUUCGCGCGACACGAGGAAGCGGGGUGGGUUCUGUUGUCUCGGGAGAUGGAGUGAGCGUAUGCGAGACGGGCUCCUCGUCGAAAUAUGAGGAUUACGUUCCACCGCUGCUGCGACCGACCAUCGAUCACCCGUGAAAAUGGAUCUCACGCAUGUGUUUCUGCUGCUACUGCUCGUCGCGAGCUCAAGAUGCAUGUGCUCGAACGGAUACACCGGACAAAAUUGCGAGAGCGAGUACAUCCCCUGCGACCCGUCGCCAUGUGAGAAUGGAGGCUCGUGCCAUCAGCUCGGCGAACAUGCCUAUGAGUGCAUCUGCCCUGAGGGAUUCCGAGGGGAGCGCUGCGAGGAGAACAUCGACGACUGUCCGGGCAACCUCUGUCAGAAUGGUGCCACUUGCAUGGACCGGGUGAACGAGUACUCCUGCCUGUGUCCGCCGGCCUUCACGGGCACGCAAUGCGAGCUGGACGUGGACGAGUGCUCCGUGCGGCCGUCCUUGUGCCACAACGGCGCUACGUGCACAAAUUCGCACGGCAGUUACUCGUGCAUAUGCGUGAACGGCUGGACCGGGGCCGACUGCAGCGUCAACAUCGAUGACUGUGCAGGUGCGGCCUGCUUCAACGGCGCUACCUGCAUCGAUCGCGUCGGCAGCUUCUACUGCCAGUGCACAUACGGAAAGACCGGACUCCUCUGCCAUCUGGACGAUGCCUGUACGUCGAAUCCGUGUCACGAGGGCGCGAUCUGCGACACCAGCCCUAUCAACGGCUCCUUCACUUGCUCCUGCGCCACCGGAUACAAAGGACUGGACUGCUCCGAAGACAUUGACGAGUGCGAGCAAGGCUCUCCUUGCGAGCACGACGGUAUCUGCGUGAACACGCCCGGCUCCUUUGCCUGCAACUGCACGCAAGGAUUCACGGGGCCGCGAUGCGAGACGAACGUGAACGAGUGCGAGUCGCAUCCGUGCCAGAACGACGGCUCCUGCCUGGACGAUCCUGGGACAUUUCGCUGCGUCUGUAUGCCAGGCUUCACUGGCACGCAAUGCGAGAUCGACAUAGACGAAUGCGCAGCGAAGCCGUGCCUGAACGGCGGCGCCUGCACCGAUCUCAUCAACUCCUUCAAGUGUACCUGCGCGGACGGCUUCGCCGGCACCCACUGCCAGAUCAACAUCGACGACUGCGCCUCGUCGCCGUGCAAGAACGGCGGCUUCUGCCAAGAUGGCAUCGCGAGGUACACGUGCGACUGCCCGCCCGGCUUCACCGGCGCCUCCUGCGAGACCAACAUCAACGACUGCCAAUCGAAUCCGUGCCACAACGGCAUCUGCAUCGACGGCGAGAACAACUUCACCUGCAGCUGCUACGCCGGCUUUACCGGCCCGCUCUGUCAAAUGCAGAUCGACGAGUGCACGAGCAACCCUUGCCAGUUCGGGGCUUUGUGCGAGGACCGCGUCAAUGGUUACCAAUGUAUCUGCCGACCCGGCACGUCCGGCAUCAACUGCGAGGUCAACGUGAACGAGUGCUAUAGCAACCCCUGCCGAAACGGGGCUAGGUGCAUCGACGGUAUUAACGGGUACUCCUGCGCGUGCGAGCCCGGCUUCACCGGCCAGCACUGCGAGACCGACAUUAACGAGUGUGCCAGCAAUCCGUGCGCGAACGGCGGCCGCUGCAUCGACGUGAUAAACGGCUAUAGGUGCGAAUGCCCGCGCGGCUACUACGACGCCAGGUGUCUGAGCGACGUGGACGAGUGCGCGAGCAAUCCCUGCAUGCACGGCGGCACUUGCGAGGAUGGCGUGAACCAGUUCAUCUGCCAUUGCCUGCCGGGAUACGGCGGCAAGCGAUGCGAGGCUGACAUCGACGAGUGCGGCUCGAACCCCUGCCAACACGGCGGCACGUGCAACGACCACCUGAACGGCUACAGCUGCAAGUGCCUACCCGGCUACGCCGGCACCAAUUGCGAGACCAACAUCGACGACUGCGCGAACAACCCCUGCCAGAAUGGCGGCUCGUGCAUCGACCUUGUCAACGACUACAAGUGCGUCUGCGAGCUACCCCAUACUGGCAGGAACUGCGAGGAGAAGUUGGACCCCUGCUCGCCGAACAAAUGCCUCCACGGAGCGAAGUGCUCGCCGUCGUCAAACUUCCUCGACUUCGCGUGCACGUGCACGGUCGGUUACACGGGCAGGCUGUGCGACGAGGACGUAGACGAGUGCGUGAUGACGUCGCCGUGCAGAAACGGUGCCACUUGCCGGAACACCAACGGCUCUUACCACUGCGUGUGCGCGAAGGGCUACGAGGGCCGUGAUUGCAUCAUCAAUACCGAUGACUGUGCAUCAUUUCCCUGUCAGAACGGCGGUACCUGCCUGGACGGCAUCGGCGACUACACCUGCUUAUGCGUGGACGGCUUCAACGGGAAGCACUGCGAGAUCGACGUCGAUGAAUGCUUGUCGCAGCCCUGCCAAAACGGAGCGAUCUGCAAGGAAUACGUCAACUCCUACACCUGCCAAUGUCAGCUCGGCUUUUCCGGCAUCAACUGUCAGACCAACGACGAGGACUGCACCGAUAGUAGCUGUAUGAAUGCAGGCAAGUGCAUCGACGGUAUCAACAACUACACCUGCGUCUGCUUACCCGGUUACACCGGUUCCAACUGUCAGUACCGUAUCAACGAGUGCGACAGCUCGCCUUGCUUGAACGGCGCUACCUGCCAUGAUCAUGUGCAAUAUUACACGUGUCAUUGUCCAUACGGCUACACGGGCAAGCGAUGCGACAAGUACGUGGACUGGUGCGCCGACAAUCCGUGCGAGAAUCAGGCUACGUGCGUACAGCACAAGAACAAGUACCAAUGUAACUGCUCGCCCGGCUGGACUGGCAAGGUAUGCGACGUGGAGAUGGUCUCAUGCAAGGACGCCGCUAUACGGAAAGGCGUGCCGGAGAAGAAUCUUUGCAACAACGGCACCUGCGAAGACAUUGGCAAUAGUCACCGUUGCCACUGUAUCGAGGGUUAUACCGGCUCAUACUGCCAAGAGGAGAUCGACGAAUGCGAUUCGGCGCCGUGUCAGAACGGCGCGACUUGCCGGGACCUCGUCGGCUCGUAUCAGUGUCAGUGCACGAUAGGCUUUCAAGGACAGAACUGUGAGCUCAACGUCGACGAUUGUACACCGAAUCCAUGUCAAAACGGCGGCACUUGUCAUGACAUGGUCAUGAAUUUCAGCUGCUCUUGCCCACCGGGCACUCUCGGCUUCAUAUGCGAGAUCAACGUCGACGACUGCGUGGUUGGCGCAUGCCACAACAACGGCAGCUGCACCGACAAGGUCGGCGGCUUCGAAUGCAAUUGUCCACCUGGGUUCGUCGGGCCCAGAUGCGAAGGCGACAUCAAUGAGUGCCUUUCAAAUCCGUGCGCGUUAACUGGUACCCAAGAUUGCGUGCAAUUGGUUAAUAACUAUCACUGUAAUUGUAAACCUGGUUAUAUGGGUCGCCAUUGUGAAGUGAAAGUGAACUUUUGUGACAGUUCGCCGUGUCAAAAUGGUGGCAUAUGUACUGCUAAGCAGGCGGGUCACACAUGUGUGUGCCCGCCUGAUUUCCACGGCAGUAACUGCGAAUUCGCCGGCUCGUACUGCGACUCCGAGCCGUGCUCGCACGGCGGCACAUGUCGCAUUACCGACACUAUGAUGGGUUACGUGUGCUAUUGUCCACCUGGCACCACCGGGACUCACUGCGAGAUGGACGCACGGGACGAGUGCGCGAGUAACCCGUGCCAGCAGCCCGACGCCAUCUGCGAGAACUUGGUUGGCGACUACGCCUGUUACUGUCCAGCCAAGUGGACAGGCAAGAAUUGCGAGAUCUACGAUCCGAAUUACCGUGGAGGCGUGUUCGGCAGGCCAAAUGCGAACAUGCCGAAGACCGCCAACGCAUAUGAUCUAGAUUUGGAGCGUGAGCGCAAGAAGUGCAUCGAGAACCGUUGUGAGGAGAAAUCCGGCAAUCAUCACUGUGAUGAGGAGUGCAACAGAUACGCCUGCAAUUUCGACGGCAACGACUGCUCGUUGGGCAUCAACCCGUGGCGCAACUGCACCGCGCCCAUCAACUGUUGGGACGUGUUUAUGAAUGACGUAUGCGACGAGGUCUGCAACAAUGCUCAAUGCCUCUUCGAUGGCAGGGAUUGCGAGAGGAAACUAGCUCCUUGCAAUCCGAUCUACGACGCGUACUGCAGGAAGCAUUACGCCAACGGCCAUUGUGAUUACGGUUGCAACAACGAAGAGUGUAACUGGGAUGGCUUGGACUGCGACGGUGAACCUCCAUCUUUAGCGGAAGGUGUCAUAUCAGUGGUGGUGAGGAUGGACAUGCCUACUUUCCGUUCCAAUGUCGUGGCCUUCUUAAGGGACAUCGGACAUGAAUUACGGACAACAUUGCGCGUCAAGCAAGAUGAGCUCGGCAACGAUAUGAUAUACCCGUGGAAACGGGAGAGAGAAGCCAGUCAGCACGCUAACAUCUUCGGCCAACCUGCGACGAUCUACACCAAUCCGCAGAACGGUGUGAUUGCUUACUUGGAGAUCGACAAUAGGAAGUGCACGGUAACGCAGGGUGCGGUGUGCUUCCCUUCGGCGAACGAAGCGGCCGAGUAUCUAGCCGCAACCGCAUCAAAACACUCCUUGUCGCGAAACUUCCCUAUCGAACAAGUACGAGGCGUCGUGGGACCGCAAGGCCCCGAAUACCCAGACAGUCCCACCAACUACAAAUUCGUCUUUAUCGGUGUGGUGAUCGUGCUACUGAGCGGUCUUCUUGUGGGUGUGCUUGUCACCGCUCAGCGGAAACGCGCUGUAGGAGUCACAUGGUUCCCCGAAGGCUUCUUGAGGACCAGCAGCGGUAGCGGGCAACGGCGUCGUUCACGUAGACGAGGGCCAGAUGGCCAAGAGAUGCGGAACCUGAACAAGCAACCAUCGAUCAAUUGCAUGGACAUAGACGUGGGUAACGGUCGGGUGCAACACUGGUCGGACGACGAGUCUGAUUUACCAGCGAAACGACCGCGGACUGCAAUCAGCGAUCAUACCGCUAUCACAGACUAUGAAGAGACCGAACCGCGCAGAUGGACACAGCAGCAUCUGGACGCAGCCGAGAUACCGCGACCAGACGCCGGGGUCCUCACCCCUCCUGAUCAAGAUGUGGACGCACGCGGCCCAUGCGGCAUGACGCCAUUAAUGGUGGCGGCUGUGCGCGGCGGCGGACUCGAUACCGGCGAAGAGGAAGAUGAGAGCGAUGGCACAGCUGCGAUGAUCGCCGACUUGGUGGCUCAGGGCGCCGAUCUGAAUGCCACCACGGACAAGAGCGGUGAGACAUCGUUGCACCUGGCCGCUCGUUUCGCCAGAGCCGACGCUGCCAAGAGAUUAUUGGACGCAGGUGCCGAUGCAAACUCCCAGGACAACACUGGUAGAACGCCACUGCACUCCGCCGUCGCGGCUGACGCGAUGGGAGUGUUUCAGAUCUUGUUACGCAACAGAGCGACGAAUUUGAACGCUCGCAUGCACGACGGCACUACGCCGCUAAUACUGGCAGCGCGUUUGGCCACAGAAGGCAUGGUAGAGGAUCUCAUCAACGCCGACGCCGACAUUAACGCUGCCGACAACAGCGGUAAGACCGCCCUACAUUGGGCCGCGGCGGUUAACAACGUCGACGCCGUGAACAUUUUGCUGGUGCACGGCGCGAACAGAGAUGCACAAGACGACAAAGACGAAACCCCGCUGUUCCUUGCGGCACGCGAGGGCAGCUUCGAGGCGUGCAAAGCGCUCCUCGACACGUUUGCCAAUAGGGAGAUCACCGAUCACAUGGAUCGGUUACCUCGCGACGUCGCCAGCGAGAGACUACAUCACGACAUCGUUAGAUUGCUCGACGAGCACGUGCCGAGGUCGCCGCAGAUGGUCACCGUUAUUCCGAACGGUCCUCUCAUGGGAUCUCCAAAUCAUCCACAAUUGAUCACACAUCCGACGGUAAUUGGCUCGGCGCCGAAGCAAGCCAAGUCGAAGAAACGACCAAAAGCGGGCGGUACGGGAAACCCAAACAGCCCCGAGUCAGAGGGCGGCGCGGUGGUGAUGGUGAGGCGAAAGCCAUCGGUGAAGAAACCACCAGCCGCCAAACGUGGCGGUGCUCAACCCCCAAACCAAGAGAUCCCUCAUCAGGAAGCGGAGGGCGCCGAGGGUAACCUACCGAGCCCGUAUGACAGCGCGAGCUUGUACAGCAACGCGUUGCCUUUGGUGGCUCACACAGCGACGGCGAAGCAACCACCGCCGUAUGAAGACUGCAUAAAGGGCCAGUCGAUGCAGGGUCUACAGCAGCUCGGCUUAGACACUUUCGCAACCAACUACGGGCUGCCGUUUCACGACCAGCUCUUAGCACCUCAUCAACGGCAGACGCAGGGUAUGGUGAACACCCUGUCGCCGCCGUACAGUAACCAAUCGCCGCCACACUCGGUGCAGUCGAACAUGACACUGUCGCCGCAAGCGAGUUACAUGGGUUCGCCGUCGCCGGCGAAGAGUCGGCCGUCGUUACCCACUUCGCCGACUCAUAUCGCCGCGAUGCGACAAGCGACGCAUCAGAAGCACGGCGGUAUGCCGCCGGUGGGCUUCGACUUCGACAAUCUGCCGUACUCGUCGAGUCAACAACAGCAGCAGCAGCAGCAACAACAGCAGCAGCAGAUGCAGCAGACGCAACAGCAGAUCCAACAGCAGCAGCAACAACAACAGCAGCAACAACAGCAACAGCAGAACACGCAGCAGCAGCAGCAACAGCAGCAGCAGCAGCAGCAACAGCAGACGCAGCAAUACUACCAGUACUUGACGCCGCCGUCCCACCAUUCCGGGCCGGACGUCACGCCGCAGCAUCUCAUGCAAGCACCCGAAAGCUUCCCGACGCCGUCGCCGGACAGCCCGGGUCACUGGUCUUCGAGCUCGCCGCGCUCGAACAGCGAUUGGUCCGAGUGCAUGGCCUCGCCGAACGCGUACGGCGCCGGCGGCGGCGCUCACCAAAGCAACAAGGGCUCGGAGGCGAUCUACAUAUGAGGUUAGCGACGUUUUUCUUCUCCUCCUCCUCCUCUUCGCGCAGGUAAAUGAUAAACCGUGCGAGGACGGCGAAGGAGGAAAGAGAAA